CUCCGUGCCCGAAUUCGAAGUACCGUUUCCGAAAAAAAACCCCACGGGAUGAACGCUUUGUGUUUUUUAAGGAACGGGGAGAGCGCAGGAGUCCCAACGUGGCGAGGAGGAGGACGAUGCUUUUUCAGCGGCUGGGGCUGACAGUGCCUUCACCAAUGCAGGCUGUAGUAACGUCCGAAAAUUUCAAAACCAUCCUGCGUUGGCAAUACCCAGCUAUGCCUGAAACUCCGCGUUUUAUUGUGGAAAUCAAACCUUACAAUGUAGGUUACUAUAAGACCGUCUCAACUUGUGUGAACAUUUCAGCUUGGUUUUGUGAUAUCUCAAGGGAAAUAGACGACAUUUUUGCCUCUCACUGGCUUCGAGUUAAAGCUGUUGUGGGGUCACAACAGUCUGAGUAUGUUGAGACAAAUGAGUUUAUUUUGCAAAAGCAUGGAAAAAUAGGACCACCAAAACUCAGUCUCUCAAGGCAUGGUGAUAAAAUCAUGGUUGAUAUUUACCAUCCUGAAUUCCCAUCUGUGGAGCUUCCUUCGAUUUAUUCAGAGCUCACGUACUUGGUGACUUUCUGGGAUAGUAAAAAUCAGAGUAAAGAGUUCGCUGAAGACAGCUGUACGCCGUAUAAAUGUAGCCGUGUUUCAGCAAAGGAAACUUUAUAUGGCGAGCUGAUGGUCGGCGCCCCAUCAGAAGAAAGCUGCAUUCGUGUUCCUCUCAAGGCAUUGCGCACACGAGACCUCAUCAUUCUGUGUUGUGUUAUUCUGGGCAUGAGUCUAAUUUUGACAGUAUGUUGGGGCUGCAACAAAUUAAGAAAGAGGAACAUAAAGCUGCCUAAGUCUUUGGUCAGUGUGAUAAGAAACCUGAACACAGACAGCAUUCUAGAAUCAAAAUCGGAGGCCAAAUAUAUAUCUGUAGUAAGCAUCAUGCCAGGCCAGUCAGCGUUGCCAGUGAAUGCUGAAGUAACCUCCCUGGAGGUAGAGCUAAAAGAAGAAACUGUUAGUCCCGAGGAUUCCAGUGAAGGAGCAUCUUUUGUUCCUCCCCCAGAGGCACCAGCCAAAGCAGAAGAGGUGUCAGUGCAGGAAAGCACAGAGGAGGUAUCUUCUUCUGAUGAACAGAAUCACAAAGUAAAUGAGAGUUAUUUCACUUCUGACCGGGGCCAAAUGGAUAUAUGCCAUAACUCUGGAGGUCCAGAGGAUUCUGCCACAGAAAUACAACAAACAGUCAUUCCAAGCAGCUGUCUGAAGUGUUCUGGCUAUGACAAGCCUCAUGUGCCGUUAGAUUUGCUGAUCGAUGUCGGUGAAGAACAGCCUGUGAUUGCUUAUCGGCCGACUGACUAACCAGGAUAGCUGAAGCGCUUAACCAGAACUCAGGAAGAACAGCAUUAGUGAAGAUUAUGGAAAGUCUGGGUUACGUUAUGAACAUUGACAAGUUGUACUUGUUCUGAUCUAACCAGCGUAACCAGUACACAACUUAGUACAGCAGGAUCAUGAAAUGGGACUGAAAGUAGUGCCUGAGAACAGCAUAAAAAGUGGGGAGAAAUUUCAUAAUAAUCACUUUUAGAAGUUUUUGUUCCUAUUUGAAAGAGACCUUGUUUUUUAGCAGUACUCUGUGGUGCAGAACAGACUUCAUGAAGUAUAAAACAGCAGCUGUUUCAUUAUUCCCUUCUGUUUCAAAUCCUUUUCAAAAUCGGUUCCAUGAACGUAAUGCUUAAGAAGUCCUUCGCUUGGUUCUGAUAGAGAUGCGCAAGAAAUAUUUGAGAUUUUGGCUUUAUUUGAGGUAUUCUUUUGUCUUUUUCUCUUGAAGAGUAUUUUUGUAUUAAAUAAAAUGCUUUAUGUCUAUAACCUUUUCCUGUAUACCUUAAGAAUUUGAUUCCAUGGCCAAGAACCAGCUGUUUAUAGUCUUUUAUCUGUGUAUAGCUGCAUCUGUUUGGAUCACCUGGAUACGUUGUGUAACCAUGUCACAUUCUGGAUAAUGCCUGUAUUAGCAUGCUGGCUGAUUGUUAUUGGAAAAAAAAAAAGUGUGUAAUGGGUGGCAGCACAAAUUCUUUAGAAAAGGUCUUCAAAAUUCCAAAGCCUCCUUUCCUCCAGAGCAUUUUUAUCCUAAUUCUUAGAACAAUAUGAUUUUUAAAAUAGAAAUCAACAGGACUUCUUCCAAACAUGUUUUCUAGCAAGUUGAAAAUGAUGAGCAUUUUUUCCCUUUUUAUGACAUAACUCAGGAAGUACACCAACCUACCUCCCUUGAAAAAUACAUCUUAAGACAAUAGAAGAGGAGUGGGGUAAGUUGUAGUUUGUAAGUUAUUGUCAUCUGACAGCCCUCUGAAUUUUGUAACGUGAGAUUGUAGUUUGAACACUGGAGGAUGAGGAUUUUAUUUUU